CAAUACAACACGAGGUCGCUGCCUCUGGUAAUACUUCCGCUACGGCGGCUGCGUUGUCCAAAAAAGUCGCUCACCCAGCCCUGACAUGUAUGCGGAGAGAAACGCACGGUAGCGGUAUCUUUCCACUCUGUUCCUAGUCACCUUCUGCGGAUGACUAUAGCGUAGAGGAGUCGCAGACAGACAGUGUUUUUUUUGGUGACAUAAUGGGUGGAAAGAAGAAGAAAUCGGCGCAAGCGGCUGCUCCGGUGGCCCCGGCGGCAGCAGCAGCAGGAGCAGGAGCGGGCAGGACUAGCGCUGCAGCGGGGAACGGCGUGGCGGAGGAGGCGAAGAAACAGCCGGCCAGCAACAAACCGACUAAACCAGCCAAAGAGAACAAAUCAAAAGCUCCUAAGACCUACAGUCUUGCCAACACUGCCCAGGUCGACACAGGUGGGGUGUCAGACAAGUCGAUUCUUAAAGUUUCUAUCCAAGCUGAUCUGGAGAAGAAGAUCAUCAAGCUGGUCAAUGACUUCAGAGAUGAGAAUGGAGACAAAGGGCCCAUAUCAGGCAGACUUACGAGCAAGAAGUUGCUGGACCUGUACACAGCUCUGCAGAGGUUCAGCUUUAAGAGAGAACACAUUGAGGAGGCCAUGAAGAGUAGUGUGCUGUAUGGAGGGGAUCUUCACUCUGCUCUCGAUUGGCUAUGCCUCAAUCUUAAAGAUGAUGAGUUGCCAGAAGGUUUUACCCAGCAGAUGCAGGAGGAGAGUCAGAAGAACAGACCCAGGUUCCAGCAUCCUGCUCAGGAGAAACCUGCAGCCCCAAGUCCUAAAGCACCUAACAACCCCCGCAAGGAGACCAACAAGGCCACAGAGAAGGAUGAAGCUGCAACCAUGAAGGACUGGAUCUUAAGGUAUGCAGAGCAGAGCAGUGAUGAUGAUGAUGAGGAGGAGGAGGAGGACGAAGGAGGGAAGAAGACCGCACACAACCCUGAACUGGAUAUAAAGUUUGAUCCUAACGACCGGUAUUUGAUUCUUACUGCUCAACUGUAUGACGCAAAAGAGAUGGCAGCUGCUGCCAAGACAAAAGGAGACAAGUCAGGCCAGAGGAUGGCACAGGACAGGAUACGCAUCAUACAGCAAGAAAUGAAACCACUGGAGUCCCACCCCAUGUUCAAUCCAUCGCUAAAGGUGGUAGACGUACCUCAGAAGGAAAAGAAAGUACUUCCUGUCAGCGAGGACAAAGAGGACCUCAGCUUCAAGUUAUUCGAACAAGCGGAAAAGCCUGCUGCAGAGAAAGUUGUGAAAAAGAAUGAGCCAAAGGACAUUCGCAAUUUUGACUACACAGCUCGCAGCUGGACAGGAAAGUCCCCCAAACAGUUCCUCAUCGACUGGGUACGAAAGAACCUACCCAAGAGUCCAGCACCUGCUUUUCACAAGGUUGCUGCUGGUAGAUACUGGAGAUGCAAGGUGCGUGUUCAGAGGACGGAUGAUGUUCUUGAAGUUUGUCCAACAAUCUUGACUGAAGACAGCAUGCAGGCUCAACAUCUCGGAGCCACACUGGCACUUUACACUUUAGUUAAAGGACAGUCAGUGCACCAGCUCCUUCCUCCAACCUACAGAGAUGUGUGGCUGGAGUGGAGAGACAGUGAGCAGCAGAAACAAGAAGAGAGCCGCACUGCUGCCAACAAACCCCGAGACCAGUUCAUCUCCCGGCUUUUAACUAAACUCAAACAGCAGCAGAACCAGAACCAAGCACAGGAAUCUGGAUCCCGAGGUCUUUUGGGACAAGACAAGGCUGGGGAUGAAGAGCCUGAAGAGUCCUGGGAGAACCUGGCUGGUCUUGAUAUUGGGGAGGGAGGAGAAGAGCUGGAGGAUAAGAGUGAGAAAAAAGGAGGAAGAAAGGAAGGGGCAGGAGCACUUGAGGCAUCCAGAGAGCUCUUAAAAAAGCUGAAGAAGUCCUCACUGGCCCACAAACUGCAGGCAGAGCGAGAGCAGCUUCCCGUCUUCCAACACCGACAUCAUGUUUUGGAGGCUCUAAAGCGCCACCCUGUGGUGGUGGUGGCCGGUGAGACGGGGAGCGGAAAGAGUACUCAAAUUCCUCAGUUCCUCUUGGAGGAGCUGUUAACAGGAGGCAAAGCAGCACAGCCCUGCAACAUCGUGGUGACCCAGCCCCGCAGGAUCUCUGCCAUGAGCCUGGCCUGCAGAGUCAGCGAGGAGCUCGGCUGCGAGGAUGGACCAGGAUCAAAGUCGUCGCUGUGUGGAUACCAGAUCCGGAUGGAGAAUCAGUCAGGGGAGUGGACUCGCCUGCUCUACUGUACUACCGGGGUUCUGCUUCGGAAACUACAGCAUGACAGACACCUCAGCUCCCUGACGCACAUCAUCGUUGACGAGGUCCAUGAGCGCAGUGUCCAAUCAGACUUCCUGUUAACCAUCCUGAAAGAUGUUGUUAUGAGGCGAUCAGACCUGCGUCUGAUCCUCAUGAGCGCCACAGUGGACUGUAACAAGUUCUCCAACUACUUCAACCGCUGCCCAGUGAUCACCAUCCCUGGCAGGACUUUCCCAGUGGAGGUGUCCCACUUAGAAGACAUAGUGGAGGAGACAGGGUACAUUCUGGAAAAGGACUCGGAGUACAGCCAGAAAAUCCUUGAAGAAGAAGAAGAAGUUAGCAUCUCUGUGACACAAAAAGGUGGCAAGACAUUACAGCAUCAGGAGGUGAUAGUGAGGGACUCCUCUUCCGGCUGGGACCUGGGUCCAGAUCUCGACCACUUCAGCAGCAGGACUCGGCAGGUGCUGCAGUACAUGAAUCCUAAUAAGAUCAACAUGGACUUACUAGUUGAUCUAAUCUACUACCUAGACAAAUCCCCACAAUUUGCAGAGGUGAAUGGAGCCGUUCUCGUGUUCCUCCCAGGUCUGGCUCACAUCCAGCAGCUCUAUGACCUGCUCUCCUCAGACAAGAGGUUCAGAGACAAAAACAGGUUUAAGAUUGUCGCUCUUCACUCGACUCUCUCAUCAAGGGACCAGGCUGCUGCCUUUACAGUGCCACCUGCUGGAGUUAGAAAGAUUGUCCUGUCGACUAACAUUGCUGAGACAGGUGUGACUAUUCCUGACGUCGUGUUUGUCAUCGACACUGGAAAGACUAAAGAAAAUAAGUACCAUGAGAGCAGCCAGAUGAGUUCUCUGGUAGAAACUUUUGUUUCCAAAGCCAGCGCCCUCCAGAGACAGGGAAGAGCGGGACGUGUCCGAAGCGGCUUCUGCUUCCGGCUCUAUCCAAAGUACAGGUUUGACGCCUUCAUGGAUUACUCCAUUCCAGAGAUACUACGAGUCCCAUUGGAGGAACUCUGCCUUCAUAUUAUGAAAUGUCAGUACGGCUCCCCAGAGGACUUCUUGAGCCGGGCCCUGGAUCCUCCUCAGCCCCAGUCAGUCAGCAACGCCGUCAACCUGCUGAGGAAGAUCGGUGCAUGUCACCCCAGCGAUCAUGUUCUCACCCCUCUCGGACAUCACCUCGCUAGUCUGCCCGUCAACGUGAAGAUUGGCAAGAUGCUCAUCUAUGGAGCCAUCCUCGGCUGCCUAGAGCCCAUAGCGACCAUCGCAGCAGCCAUCACGGAGAAGUCUCCCUUCUCUACACCGAUGAAUAGGAAGGAGGAAGCCAACCUGGCCAAAUCAGCCCUGGCAUUGGCCAACUCCGAUCACAUGACGAUAUACAAUGCAUAUAUGGGGUGGAAGAACUCACAGACUGAGGGACAGAGAACAGAAAUGUCCUACUGCAGGAAACACUUCCUCAAUCGUACAGCUCUCAUUACAAUAGAGGAUGUGAAGCACGAGCUGAUGAAGAUGAUGGAGCAGGCGGGAUUCUGGUCUUCUCGGUCCUCUCACUCUAAGCCUCAGGUGGCCUCGCUGACCAAGCAGCAGAUAUCCGUCUUGAACGCAGUUCUGACCGCGGGGCUCUAUGACAGCGUGGCUCGGGUUUUGUGCACCCCCUCCGUGGAUGUCCUCGAGCGAGUGGCAUGCACUGUGGAGACACCCCAAGGCAAGGCUCAGGUCCACCCCUCGUCUGUUAACCGCAACCUGCAGACACACGGCUGGCUGCUGUACCAAGAGAAGGUUAAGUACACUAAGAUCUACCUGCGAGACACCUCCCUGAUAUCUCCUUUCCCCAUGCUGCUGUUUGGAGGUGACAUUGAUAUUCAGCACAGAGAAAGGCUCAUCACACUGGAUGGAUGGAUCCACUUCCAGGCUCCUGUUCGGAUUGGUGUGAUCUUCAAACAUCUGAGGAAGCUAAUGGACUCUCUGCUUGAAAAGAAGCUGGAGAACCCUCGGAUGAAUCUAGAGGGUGAGAAGACCAUCCAGAUGAUUUUGGAUCUCAUCAAAUCAGAACAUGCUGUGUGAUAUCAGACAACCAAAGGACCCGACUGCCACUGAAGAACCUGCGUACCAGUACCUUUUCUUACACUAUUCACAGACCUCUGUUGUAUUCUGUUGUCCUGGGGACUACUGCAUGCAGGAAAUUUCGGGAUGGACGCCUGUAGACAAACUGCACCAAGCAGAUAGUUGCGGCCAUCCUAUAUUUUCUGACUGACGGCUACCAGGAAUUCUUACUCACAUUGAGGAGGACUAUAUCAUAUGAAAUGCAAAAAUACAUGCUGAAACUUGAGAGCAAAAAUCAGAUUAAGAGAAAAAUAUGUUGCCAAAUGUGGUGUGGAAAUAAAGCUGUACACAUUUUUA